CGGGAGGGGCCCGGGACAGGAGAGAGACGCGAGCAGGGCUCAGACGGGCGGCACCGCACGGGCCACAGGGCUGCGCUGUAACGAAGCCGGAGAGAGCCGCGACGCUGUCCCGUCCCUGAGAUCUCUGCCAGCAUGAGGCCCGGCUUCCCGCGCAAGCUGCUCUUCGCCUGCUUCUCCUGCCUCUCCCUGCUGGUUCUCAUCGUCCACCAGGACUCCCCCAGCACCCUGCCGUGGGAGCUCUUGUAUGCACCCCGGGGUGAGCCUGUCUCUGCGGAGCAGCUCCACGGCAGCCCCAUCUUCCAGUGGCGAGGCGCCGAGGAGGAGCGAGCUGGGGACUCCAUGCCUGUGCCCGUGCCCAGCCGCCCGCCAGCGGCCACCAGGCACCCGCUGCAGGUCGUCUACCCCUACAGCUACCGCUUCCUCCUGAACGAGCCGGACAAGUGCCGGGAGCGGGCGCCCUUCCUGGUGCUGCUGGUGGUGACGGAGCCCAAGGACAUCGUGGUGAGGAACGUCAUCCGCCAGACCUGGGGCAACGAGAGCGCCGUGCCCGGGGUCUCCAUGGUGCGGCUCUUCCUGGCCGGGGUCCACCCGCGCUACGGCUCCCCGCUGCAGCGGCUGCUGGAGGAGGAGAGCGCCCUGCACCGUGACAUCAUCCAGCAGGACUUCCUGGACACCUACAACAACCUGACCCUGAAGACGCUGCUGGGCAUGGAGUGGGUGAGCCGGCACUGCCCCAAUGCCAGCUACGUGAUGAAGGCCGACAGCGACGUCUUCCUCAACGUGGGCUUCCUCGCCCGGGAGCUGCUGCAGCCCCAGCUGCCGCCCAAGAAGGACUUCAUGACGGGCUACAUCUACAGGAACACGGGGCCGCUGCGGAGCAAGGCGUACAAGUGGUACGUGCCCCGGGCGGUGUACCCCAACGACACCUACCCCCCGUACUGCGGCGGCCCCGGCUACGUGCUCUCCGGAGACCUCGCCAAGAAGGUGUAUGGGGUGGCCCAGACCCUCCGGGUCAUCAACAUGGAGGACGUGUUCAUGGGGCUCUGUUUGCACAAGCUGGGCGUCAGCGUGACCGACAGCCCCUGGGGCCUCUUCAACAUCGCCAGGCUGGAGUACGAGAAGUGCCGGUUCUCCAAGGUGGUGCUGGUGCAUCACUUCGGGCCCACGGACCUGCUGAGGGUCUGGCCGGACUUCCAGGGCGGGAACAAGACCUGCCCCAGCUAGCGGGAUGGGGGAGGAGCUGGGACGUGUGCAGGAACGCACAGGCGGGGACGCAGGCGUGGGCAUGGAGCCUUGCCCGGACUGACACCCCAGUGGGUACACACACCUGCCGCGGUGUACGCCCCCAAUGUACACACAGCCCACCGUGUACACCGCCACUAACACACGCAUGCCACUAGGUACACCCCCCAAUACACACACACGCUAGUGUAUACACCCCCAAUGUACACAUACACACACGCAUGCCAUUGUGUACACCCUCACUACAUACACACACACACGCCAGUGUAUACACCCCCAAUGUACACCCCCCCACUGUGUACACCUCCACUACACACACGCAUGCCACUAGGUACACCCCCCAAUACACACACACGCCAGUGUAUACACCCCCAAUGUAC